AUGCCCUCCCGUCGUCUACGCUCACUCCUUCCGCCGCCCAUGCGCACUCCUUCCCGUCGUGUUCGCUCACUCAACUUCCGCUGCCCACGCGCACUCACUCACGUCGCGCCCACUCACUCCCCAUCCGCCUCCCACGCUCACUCCCUCCCGUCGCCCACACUCACGCCCCAUCCGCCGCCCACGCUCACUCCCUCCCGUCGCGCUCGCUCACUCCCCUUACGCCGCCCAUGCGCACUCCGUCACGUCGCGCUCGUUGACUCCCCUUCCACCGCCCACCCCCCUCCCGUCGCGACAGUCCCCUCCGUCGCACACGCGCAUUCCUCACAAUCGCAAACCUUCACUCCCCUCCGUCGCCCACGCUCACUCUCCCCCGUUGCCCACGCUCACUCCGACGGGAAGCGAGCUCAUUCCCAUUCCGUCGCCUAUGCUCAAUGCCCGUACGUCGCACACGCUCACUCCCCUCCGUCGCCCACGCUCACCCCCCUCCCGUCGCUUUCGCCCACUCCCUUUCCGCUGCCCACGGUCUCUCACUCCCGUCGCGUUCGGCCCCAUCCGUCGCCCACGCUCACUCCCCUGCCGUCACACACUCGUACGACCCAGCCUCCACCCUUUCCCUCUUCAUCUCCACCCUUUAUCCCCUCUCAUCUCCACCCUCACUCCCGAACCAGGGGUCCAGGGAUCGGAAGCCUCCUUCUCACCACCACACUGCCUUGGCGCAUCAUUUACCUGUUCACGUGCCCCCUCGCCUCCCUCUCCUUCUCUCCUUCCUCUCCUUCCGCUCCGGCCUCACUUCCCUCUUCUCCCUCCCCUCCCUCUCCUCUCUCUCCUCCCUCACCUCCUCUCCUUCGUCACCACCUCUCCUCCCUCUCCGCCUCCCAUUCCACAUUCCCGCUGUGCAGGUUGUGGCAUCAGCACCUGGGUUUCAAGAGAGUUUCCGUCCCCUUUUGUUCCCAUCCCUCCAAUCCUAAGCUCCUCCUCACCCCAUCUCCUCCCCAUCCCCGCCCCGAACGACCUCGCUCAUUCCCUCCCAUCGCCCACGCACGCACGCUCCCCUCGACCGACAAGGCGUUCUCCGCUUCCGUCGCAUAUGCUCCCUCAUCUCCCCAUCCCUCAUCUAUUAGUCCCUCAUCUCCCCAUCCCUCAUCUAUUAGUCCCUCAUCUCCCCAUCCCUCAUCUCCCCAUCCCACAUCUCCCCAUCCCACAUCUCCCCAUCCCACAUCUCCCCAUCCCUCACCGCCCCGUCCAUCACUUCUCUGGUCUUCCUCUCCCUCUCCCCUCUCCUCUCAUUCCUUACCCUGCUCUCUCUCCUCUCCCUCCUCCCUUUCCAAUCGCCUCGCCACUCCUGCCGUGCUUCUCCCUCACCCCGUUCCGCCUCGCCCCAUUCCGCCCCACCCCAUUCCGCCCCAUCCAAUUUCGGCCCACCCCAUUCCGCCCCACACCAUUCCGCCUCACCCCAUUCCGCCCCACCCCAUUCCGCUCCACCCCAUUCCGCCCAAGCCCCCUUGUCGCGCACCCUACUUCCCUCCGUCUCCCCAUCUCUCCUCUCCCCAUCCCUCCUCAUACCAUCCCUCCUCUCCCCGUCCCUCCUCUCCCUAUCCGUCCUCUCCCAAUCCGACCGAUCGAUGCCCCAUACGUGUUUCCCACACUGUCCUCGGCCUUGCGUUCGCCGGGGAGCUGCUUGGGGCGCUGUGGGCGGAUGGCGACGGGCAGAGUCGCGGAGCAGAGGCCUACGUGAUGCUGCAGGGAUCCCUUCCCCCUGUCCACCCAACCCCUGUUCCUCCCUUCACCACUCCCUCCCUUCCUGCAUUCCCCCCUUCCGCCCUCCCUCACAUCCUUCAUCACUCCCUCCCUUCUUGCUUCCGCCCGCCCGCUCUCACUCUCUUCCCAUUGCCCGCUCUCCUCCUCACCCCAUCUCCUCCACACCCCAUCAGAUGCCUCACCCCAUCUCCUCCACACCCCAUCAGAUGCCUCACCCCAUCUCCUCCACACCCCAUCAGAUGCCUCACCCCAUCUCCUCCACACCCCAUCAGAUGCCUCACCCCAUCUCCUCCACACCCCAUCAGAUGCCUCACCCCAUCUCCUCCACACCCCAUCAGAUGCCUCACCCCAUCUCCUCCUCACCCCAUCUCCGCCCCACCCCACUCCCCUCACCCCGCCCUGUACUAUCCCCUCACCCCGCCCUGUCCUAUCCCCUCACCCCGCCCUGUCCUAUCCCCUCACCCCACCCUGUCCUAUCCCCUCACCCCGCACCAUCCCAGGCAAGCAUGA